AUGGCCCCCUGGUUGCCAGAUGGCGGGCAUGUGCAUGGGUCAAGCCGCCACACGCAAUACCAGCAUGUGCUAUGGAUGAGGGUGAUCGCAAGGGAUGCCACCACCACCACCACCACCACCAUCAUUACCAUUACCACCAGCCCCGACCCACGGCCCCAUGUCCCACGUCCCACGGCCCACGGCGAGGAAUGA